AUGUACACGGCUUCGUUCGCCUUCUUCGAGGCGCUAUGGGACGCCGGCGUGGAGCAUGUCUUCGUCAACCUGGGCUCUGAUCACCCCAGUAUCAUCGAGGCCAUGGUCAAGGGAGCGCGUGAGAAGAAGGGCCAAUUUCCGCGGAUGCUAACUUGUCCGAAUGAGAUGGUUGCCAUGUCCAUGGCCGAUGGCUACGCACGCUUGACCGGCAAGCCCCAGGCUGUUAUCGUCCACGUCGACGUCGGCACCCAAGGCCUCGGCGCUGCGGUGCACAAUGCGAGCGCCGGUCGUGCCCCUGUCCUCGUCUUCGCUGGAAUCUCCCCCGUUACUCAAGAAGGUGAACUCCGCGGUUCCCGCACCGAAUUCAUCCAUUGGAUUCAAGACGUACCCGAUCAAAAACAGAUUGUGGCGCAGUAUUGUCGGUACUCAGCCGAGUUGAAGACGGGGGUGAAUGUCAAGCAGAUGGUGAACCGUGCGCUGCAGUUCGCAAAAUCCCAGCCACAGGGGCCGGUGUACUUGUGCGGUUCACGCGAAGUGAUGGAGACGGAAAUUGAGCCUUACCCGAUCCCACAGGAUCAAUGGGAACCGGUCGAGUUGGGCGGACUGCCGACAUCAGGAGCAAAGAAGAUCGCCGAAGCGCUCGCCGGCGCCAAGGAGCCGUUGUUGGUCACGGGGUACGGUGGACGCAACCACGCCGUACCUGGCGCGUUGGUGGAACUGGCGAACACUGUCAAGGGUCUCCGGGUGCUUGAUACCGGCGGCAGCGACAUGUGUUUCCCUGCGGACCAUCCCGGCUGGCUGGGGCUCAAGUUUGGCGUAGAUGAUGCCGUUCGCUCGGCUGAUGUGAUAGUUGUCCUGGACUGCGACGUCCCUUGGAUCACGAUGCAUUGCAAACCAAGGAAGGAUGCUAAAGUCUUCCAUAUCGAUGUCGAUCCCCUCAAGCAGGUCAUGCCGCUGUUCUACAUCCAAGCGCAACACCGUUACCGGGCCGAUGCCUUGACGGCGGUGGAGCAAGUAUCCGCGUUGCUCAAGUCGGAUGAGACGCUCAAGACGCGGCUAGUCGGAGACGAGGUGGAAAAGAGGUGGGCAGCGCUCCAAACAUCGCACAAGAAGCGCCUAGACGACAUUGCAGUGCGCUCACGGCCAUUGGAGAACGGCGAGUUUGGGACUAGCCAUCUCUGCGCCAAGCUUCGAGAACUGUGCCCACCCGACACCAUCUGGGCCAUCGAGGCUGUCACCAACACUGCAUUCGUCCACGACAGCCUACAGCCAACACGACCCGGCCAGUGGAUCAACUGUGGUGGCGGGGGCCUAGGCUGGUCAGGCGGUGGGAGCUUAGGUAUCAAGCUUGCGUCGGACCACGCAGCCCAGAAGAGCGGAGGUGGGAAGGGCAAGUUUGUCGUCCAGAUUGUGGGAGAUGGGACAUUCCUGUUCUCCGUUCCGGGGAGUGUGUACUGGAUCUCAAAGCGCUACAACAUCCCGGUAUUGACGAUCGUGCUAAACAACAAAGGAUGGAACGCACCGCGCAAGUCGCUGCUCCUUGUACACCCCGAAGGAUUGGGGUCUCAGGCGACUAAUGAGGAGAUUAACCUUUCUUUUGACCCCGCCCCUGACUAUGCUGGUAUUGCAAAGGCCGCGGCCGGCGGAGACCUGCACGCUGCGCGGGUCGACAAGGCAGCCGACCUGGACAAGGUACUGAAGGACGCGAUUGCAGUGGUAGAGGGCGGGCAAACGGCCGUCCUCGACUGCAAGGUGACUUCGGGAUGGGAACGACAGCCCGAGGGCACCACCACGAACGCUACGGAUGGCCACAACAGCGACUCGAGCUCCCUACAUUCACCGCCACCGCCGCCCGUCCCGGCGACCGACCCCAAACUCCACGAUCCGGCAGCUGGUUCCGACGAACAGGUCACAUCGCCGACCCUGGCGGUGCGGCUCGAAGAUGUUUCUCAGGUCUCUCCGCAAGCCGCGCUGAGGCUGCUCAGUUCUGGUGUUGAAGCGCUGGUCAACAUGACGGGAGAUAUCCCGCCAACACCACCGCCUCACAGCCCGACGUUGCCACACAUGCGGGGAAUGGAAGCUGAAAAGCAGAGCAUUCUCGCUCCGUACAUCAUUGUCGGCGACAACUCCCAACCUCUCAACCAACAGCACAGCGCCAUCACCCGCAAAUUCUACUGCCGCAUCCCGCCGCCUAUCUCCAUCACCGACUAUCUCUUGCGCGUGCAUCGCUACUGCCCCAUGUCAACGGGUGUCUACCUCGCCGCGUCCCUCUACAUCCACCGCCUCGCCGUACUGGAGCGCGCCAUCGUCGUGACCAAACGCAAUGCACACCGCUUGCUACUGGCUGGGUUGCGGGUAGCGAUGAAAGCGCUGGAAGAUCUGAGUUACCCGCAUGGGAGGUUUGCGCGGGUAGGCGGCGUAAGCGAGAAGGAGUUGGCGAGGUUGGAAAUCAGUUUUUGUUUUUUGACGGGGUUUGAGUUGGCAGUGAGUGGAGGAAUGUUGACGAGGCAUUGGGACUUGUUACGUCGAGGGGCAGAAGGUAUCAUGACGGAUGUCUAUCGCCCCUAG